UCCAAAACCACUGGACAGACUGGAACGCUACCAGGGAAUGGUUUAUAAUGGAGGAAGAGUGGGUCCAGCUCGGCUUCAGGAUUGUCACAAGGGCAUUGGACGUCUUUUCGCGUAUUUAUGCAAGAGGAAGAAGGCAAGAGGAGGAGGACUGCAAGCGGGAGAUAGCAGAAGUUGAAGAGAUAUUAGAGACACAACCAUUGACGGAACUCUAUUGGGAAAGACGCAGAGAUAGAGCCCUAGCUCAUCUGGAACAGAUACAAAUCGAACAACAGGUAGCAUGGGCGAAAAGAGCAGCAGAACGCAACAUGGCCUGUGGGGAUCGCAUGACCAAGGAGACUUUUCUCCAUAUCUGCCCCCCUCGGUCACACAUGCUUUUCAGGGAAUUAAUGCAUCCUUUCCUAUCGCAAGCAGACAUGGCUACAGACUCUCAGACUAUCGGGGAGUAUGCACAGGAGUUUUAUCAGGACAUACUUACCUCCAGACGACCUCCCAACCAGUCCUUGCACCAGCUCCGACAAGAGAACGACCUCUGGCAGCAUACUCACAUAGCACUUACUCAAGAUGCAAGAUUGCUCUUGGAUAGACCAAUCACGAUUGAGGAAUUAACUGAAACUGUGAAGACAAUGGCUAGAGGCAAAAGCCCUGGAGGCGAUGGCUUACCGAUCGAGUUUUAUGAAGCAACGUGGAGCAUGUCCGGACCUAUCCUUCUCAGCAUCUUCAACCACAUUUUGGAGGGAGGACAGCUCACGGAGGACAUGAGAACCAGAGUUAUCACACUAAUCUACAAGAAGGGCGAUAAGCGUAACAUCAGGAACUAUCGCCCUAUCUCCCGGCUCAACGCUUCAUACAAGAUCUUAGCCAAGCUCCUCGCAAGACGUCUGGCCCCAUUGCUGCCAGCACUCGUGCAUCCAGACCAAGGAGCCUUUGUGCAGGGUAGGCUAAUCUCUGAAAAUAUUUUUUCAGCGAUCGGCGCACUGGAGAUAGUUCAGAGAGAAAACAGACAAGUCAUGAUUGCAAUGUUAGACCUUGAGAAAGCAUAUGAUCGGGUUAACUGGUCGUUCAUAUUAGCUACAUUGCAACACAUGAACUUUGGGUCCGUCUAUCGCACAUGGGUGGCAGCGCUAUACACAGAUUCUACAGCGUCCCUACUCUUAAUGGGCAUCAGACUCCGUUCUUCUCUCACAAGGUCUUUGAGGCAGGGAUGUCCCCUGGCCUCGCUUCUCUUUGUGGUUCAGAUGGAGGUUCCCCUUAACUCACUGAGAGCGGCACGCAUCUAGGGACUUCAACUUGGUCAAGACCACGUAUACAUCACGGGAGCGAUUGCCGACGACCUGCUGCUUCUCUCCGAGGCAGACCCACAGUCAAUGCAGGAGGUUAAAAAAGUUUUGGAUUCAUACGCUGCUCUCUCAGAAGCAAAGGUAAACUGGAACAAAUCAGUUUACUUUUUGCCAAAGGAUUACCAACUCGCAGAAGACUGGGGAAUGAAGCGUAUCGAACCAGCUGCCUCGGAAAGAUAUUUAGGAGUUCAAGUUUCCCUGGGCGAUCCCAAACCUAAACAAGAUGCAAUUCUCCUUGCCAGGACGCAGGCAGCAAUAAAACGCUGCCGAACGU